AUGGCGACCAGCAACAAAAACACCUUGAAAACCAUCCUUCUAGAUGCCGUCCAGGACAUUGUGAACAAGGAGGUCAACAUGGAACCUGUGGGUCUCGUGUGCACUCUGAUGACGCAUUUGGCAAAUUUCCCCGAAGAAGUCGUCUUCCUGCUUCUUUUGCUUCUUGCAUCCUAUCAAGUUCGUGGCAACCCCACCGCUGAAGAGGUCGAUUGUUUUGACCAGUUCCUGUCGGGCGGUAAACUCGAGGCAGUAGCUCCCAUUGUGGCUCGCAUUGAGACUGAUGGCAAGACUUUGGCCGAUGACCAGGUAGCCAUCAUCAUCAAGGAAGUCGUGCGCGAGUACCCUGAUGGUCCUAACGACCAUCAAAUUUUCAAAGCAUUCAAGGGGAUUGGAAGGCGACCAUCUUUCUUGAGAGUGACCUGUCCCAUGUGCUACCGCUCCUUAAAUACCUCAAAGCUUUCAUUCUUCCUGCACCGACAGAUCAAAUCCUUUGCGGAUGUAGUGGAAAAGCUUGCAGCAGAAUCACAGAAUCACCACGACACGACAAAGAUUGAUAUCCAGAAGAACCGUAUCUCCGAACUCGAUUCCAAAGUAGACAAGCUCUUGAAGGUCUCUUCAUGA